UUUUUUUUUUGCUUCUCUCCUUUAUCUUUAUCUCACUUAUACAUUCUUCCUUUUUCUUUUAUAUUAUCUUUUUUUUUUACGUUAUGUCCAUUGGUCAUCCUACAUACCCUGACGAUACACACCAAUCAUCAAUAUCACCACCGUCUAUGACAUCUAUUUCGUCUCCUUCUAUAACCAACAACAACUCACCUACACCUCAUACUAGUCGUAUCACUCCACCCAUGACCACUGCUACUCCUCGUUGGAUGGAAGAACAAUCACCUAAUACCAUCUGGACUCGGUUCAUUGAAAAGUAUCGUUUUGGAAAAGCCAUAUUGGUAGCUGGUGGUAUGACUGGUGUGUUUGUGGUUAUGUUUAUUGUUUUAGGAACUUUGGGUGUAUUUCACAAUGCUGAAUAUCGUGGAUUGGCUGGUAUUCCUUCGGUUGGUACUUCGAAAUAUGAUGGUGAUAGUUGGGGAACAGCAACUGAAGGUCAUUUCGCUAUGGGUGGCAAAGGUGAUGGUACCUAUUAUGAUCCUGGAGUUGGGAUUACUUCUUGUGGAGGAUCUUUUACUGCUCAAGAUAUGAUUGUCGCAUUGAAUCAUAUCGAUUUUGGUAGAUAUGCUGAUCCAAAUACAAGUCCUGCUUGUGGUGCUUGUAUUGAAGUUACUGGUCCUUUGGGUACAACAAAAGCAACUAUUCAAGAUACGUGUCCUGGCUGUGGUCGAGGCUCCCUAGAUCUUUCACCAGCUGUCUUUGGAAAAGUGGGUAACUUUGUUGAUGGAAGGAUCCCUGUCUCUUGGUCAUCAUGUUAGUUAAAUUCUAUUAUCCAACGCUUAUUUGUAUUAAGUAUUUACAUCUUUCUUCAUUCUUAUAUACAUAUAUCAUACAUUAUUAUCUUGUCUACAUGCAUACUUUUAUUUUUUUACUAUUUACUUUUUUUAAUAAAUAUAUCUAUUAUAUACUGGC